AUGUGGGUUGAGUGGUUCAUUCGAUAUUCGAAAUCGAUUAGUAAAUGGCCAUUCAAAUUCUUUUGUGACGGAUGUAAACGACGUCGUUAUCUGCUUUCGUUUAGUCCAUUAUUAUUCACUAAUAAUCGAAAAAUCGAUAAUAUCUCAUUGCAUAAAUAUGACUGGGAAGAUAAUCAAAGAAGAUAUUCUAGGAACAAAUAUCAGACAAAAUCGACUACGUGUGCGUCAUCGAUUAUUGGUGCUUUAACUAGUGCAGCGGUUAUUUUCUCAUGGAAGAAUGAUGGAGUCACUGAUGAAGAAUUACAAGAAGCAAGUUCUGAUGAAUAUUUACUAAAUAUGACUCAUGAUAAAAUCGAUGAAGUAUUAGUAUCACUCGGUUGGGAAAAAGUCAUAAGGAAAGAUCAUCUAUUGCUAUACCGUAAAUAUAAUAAUGAGUUGCAAAUUUAUUCAUAUAAAAUUCUCGGUACAUUUAAUGACAUAUCAGCGCUAGUUUUUUUUCAAGUACAACUCGAUCUUGAAUAUCGAAUGAAAUGGGAUGAUCAUGCUCUACGAUUAUCUGUAAUCGAUACUGAUGAAAAUACUCAUAGUGAUAUUGUUCAUUGGAUACAAAAAUUUCCAUUUCCGUUCAAUCAUCGUGAUUAUCUCUAUGUGAGACGUUAUUGCCUUGAUGCGCCAAAAGAUGCACCACCUAAAAUAAUUAUUAAAUGUCAUUCAAUCAAUCAUCCUAAUGUUCAUGAUGAUCAGAAAUGUGUACGAGUUAGUAAAUAUGAAUCAUCAAUGAUUAUUCAAUCGAAACAUAGACUUGAAGAAAAAGGGAUGAAAUUUUUGUUAACGUAUCAUGAAGAUGCAAAAGCGUCGAUACCUACAUCAACUUACUCAUAUUUAGCUCAAAGUGGAAUUCCAGAUUUUGUCGAAAAGCUACACAUUGCAUCUAAAAAACUGCCAAAAUCAAAGCAACAUGUUAGCACUCAAUUACUUCCACAAUUUGCCAUUGGAUUAAACGGUAAUCUCUAUUUAUUUGCUAAUGAAUCUAUUGCUUCCCCUGUUGUCUCUACAACAUCUGGUCAAUUUGCCGGUUUUACUAUUCGCCAGACAAAUGUUUGGAUUGUAAUUCCUUAUGCAACUCCACCUAUUGAUGCAUUUCGAUGGCUAAAGGCUCAACCAUAUGUUAUGACAGAUAGUCAACACGGCACAAUACAAAAUGCCACUAACUAUAGUCCAUCAUGCCUACAAAUUAAUCGUGAAGGAUUGAUUUUAGGCCCAACUGAUGAGGAUUGCUUGCAUCUAAAUGUUUGGGCACCUACAAAGCCAUCGACUUCGUCAGCAGGUUACCCUGUAAUGUUAUGGAUUCAUGGUGGAGCAUUCAUAGAAGGAAGUGCAACACAAGUAAUCUAUGAUGGACUUAGUUGGACGAAUGCUGCUAUAAAUGAAAAAAAACUCCUUCAUCAUGAUGAGAGCGGUCAGACUAUAGGCAAUCAAGGCAUUACUGAUCAACUUACUCUGAUGGGUCAAUCAGCUGGUUCUCGUCCAGUUUGCAUUCAUAUAGUAUCCCCAUUAUCAGCUAGUUUAUUUCAUGCUGGUAUACUAGACAAUGGAUCGUGUGAUACUCUUAUCUAUUUGCGUGACAAAUCAUUUGCUUAUUCAACAACACAGAAUCUUGCAUCACUUGUUGGAUUUAAUCAAGUACCCAUAUCAAUAGGAGUCAAUCAUGAUGAGUUUGUCUUGCGUACUCUCUACGAAGAUUAUUAUCAUCCACCAAUCAGUACUGUAGAUUAUUUAAAUCCCAUUUUACCAAUUAUGACGUAUAAUCAUUCCGAAAUUCAAGCACUAUAUAUAUAUACUCCAAAUCAAUUCAGUGGGAAUUAUUCACAAGCAUUUGUGGCAUUAUUAUCUCAAGAGAUGCAUAUCUGUAGUAGUCGUCGUACGGCUGGAUACAUGUCUAGACAACCGACAUAUUUGUAUACAUACAAUCAUGCACCAGAAUAUGUUUGGUUGACAACACCUAAUUUAAUUAUGUGGCCAGGUGCAUAUCAUUCAGCUGAACUAUUUAGUUUAUUUCAAACAUUAACUGCUUCACUCUGUGGAAAUAUUAUUUUUAAGUCCGACGAACUACCUUUAGCAACAACUGUUCGUCGAUAUUGGACAAAUAUGAUUACAAAACGUCAACCGAACGGUAAUGUUAAUUUAAUAUGGUCUCAAUACGUAUUCGUCUAA